ACCUGCUCUCUUUUCCUAAGAUGGCUCCGAAGGUGAAGAAGGAAGCUGUCCCUGCCAAGACUGAAGUUAAAUCUAAAGCCUUGAAGGCUAAGAAGGCCGUUUUGAAAGGUGUUCACAGUCACAGGUGGAGGAAAAUUAGGACAACACCCACCUUCAGGAGACCAAAGACACUCAGAUUGAGAAGGCAGCCCAAGUAUCCCAGAAAGAGUGCUCCCAGGAGGAACAAGUUGGACCAUUACACUAUUAUUAAAUUCCCUCUCACCACUGAGUCUGCCAUGAAGAAAAUUGAGGACAACAAUACCUUGGUUUUCAUUGUUGAUAUAAAAGCCAACAAGCACCAAAUCAAACAGGCUGUUAAGAAACUGUAUGACAUUGAUGUAGCCAAAGUCAACACACUUAUCAGGUCUGAUGAUGAAAAGAAAGCCUAUGUACGCCUGGCCCCAGACUAUGAUGCAUUGGAUGUCACUAAUAAGAUUGGCAUCAUCUGAUCUGUUUAUAAGAAGACCUUUAUAAAUAUUGCAAUAAAAAAUUUAAAGAGAAAAAAAAGAAGAAAUCA